AUGGCGACGACAUCCCCCGCAAGAAAGCCUGAGGUGGCUGGAGUCCCCUUCAGAAAGAAUCUUGCUGCGCACGUCAUCUGCAGCGAGUGCAAGGAAGUGCCUCCCAACCUGGAGUUUGACUCCCACCAAACCACUUGCGGUAGCUGCGGCUUGGUUCUUGGAGACCGAGGUAUCGACAUGGGCUCCGAAUGGCGCACCUUCUCGAAUGAUGAUCAAAACUCCGACGACCCGUCACGUGUUGGUGAUGCCAGCAACCCUUUGCUGAACGGAGAUCAGCUGGAGACCUCCAUCGCGAGCGGAGCCACCGGUCGGUCUCGCGACCUUUACCGUGCCCAGAACAAGCAGUCCAACGACAAGCAGAACAAGGCACUGAUGCAGGCUUACAAGGAGAUUGGCGCCAUGUGUGAAGGCUUCAACAUUCAGAAAAAUGUGGCCGAUACUGCCAAAUUCUUGUUCAAGACCGUUGACGACGCCAAGGCCUUCAAGGGCAAGUCGCAAGAUGUUUUGAUUGCCGGGUGCAUCUUCAUCGCUUGCCGCAAGUGUAAAGUGCCCCGUUCCUUUUCCGAGAUCUUUGCCGUCACCAAGGUCAGUCGAAAGGAAAUUGGCCGCAUCUACAAGUCCCUGGAGAAGUUCUUCACCCAGAACGAUGAGGCUCGCAAGGCUGCCGUGGUUGCAAGUGGUGGCACUCCGGACAAUGUGGUAUAUGAGACCACCACCUCGACCAAGCCCAGUGACAUGUGCAACCGCUUCUGCAAUCUGCUCCGUCUUGGAUACCCUCUUCCUCGUGUAUCGGUCGAGCUGUCAGACCGAGUCACCGCCUCUGGAAUUCUGGCUGGACGUUCCCCACUGUCCAUCGUGGCUGCAUGCAUCUACAUGGCCUCUCACCUGAUGGGACAAGGAAAGUCCCCCAAGGAGAUCUCCCAGAUUGUCCAUGUCAGUGAUGGUACCAUCCGGGGUGCCUACAAGCACCUCUACGCCGCCCGUGAGCGUCUGAUUGAUCCCUCUUGGAUUGAGAAGGACAAGGGCGACAUGAGCCGACUGCCUGCGGCUUGA